AUGCAGCAGCCAUGGCAGGACCCUCUGCUUGUGCGGACUGCACAGCAUCUAGAGGCUCUGCCUUUUGAGAUAACCGGACAGAUUCUUGAAGACCUACAGCUCGUCCAAAUCCUAGAUCUCUUCUCUUGCGGUGGACAACGUCUGCGUGAAGCGAUCCAGUAUCUUUCGCACUGGCAACACCUUUUGAGAGAUGAAACAGAAGAAGUAGAGUACCUCUGGCGCUCGCUUAACCAAUUAGCAUGGACUCAAUACCGUUCCUCUUGGGCUCGAGUAAAUGGCCAUGAGUUUGAGACAUGGUUGUCAGAGGCUGGGCUCAGGUAUAGAGCGACCACAAAUGUAGCCUCAACAAAGAGUUACAUCAUUUCAGCUUUGCAUAGACAUCUACAGAAUUCUUUCUUCACUUUGAUCGGUCUUGAACACUACAGGGGUCGAUGGGUGUCGACGCCGGAACUCAAGGCUGCCAUCCACUAUGUGCCGGAUAAGAGCAAACUUGCCAAAUGGGCUGGAAAAGGUAUCACAACAGGUCACGAUGUACUAUCCUCUCUCAUUGCGAUAUCUUUGACCUCAAAAUUUAACUGGUAUCAGGCACUAGAGGACUUAUUCGCAACAAAUAUCGCUCGCGGAUUCCAAAACGACAAACAUAGCCUAGACAUGAGUGAAAUUCUUUCAGACUUGAAAGGCGCGUAUUUAGAGCUCUUUCGAAGACAGUCAGAUGAACUUGAAACAUUGGCCGAUUUGUAUGAACGCUUCCCACGUUUCCUCAAGGUUGCCAACGCGCCAGAAAAACCAACUAGUGAGGCACAUGUUUUGACUAGGCUUCGGCUUGAUGCAAGACGCAAUCAAAGGAUUCCAAGAUGGCAUUUCAAAAAAGAACACGCACAUGCGGACCAGAAUCUGACGCUGCAACACACCCCAUGUCGAUUUAGAUAUCCGUACACAACACUUGUUCCCUUUGACUGGUGCCUGCGUUUACUCAAAGUAGUGGUCAGCAAGAGUAAAUUACUCGACGUUGAACAAAAGCUUCCUUCACACCUUGAACCACAUUAUAAAAGGGCUAUCGAUGGCAUCGACUAUAUAUAUUGCCCGACGCCUAGAAGGUUCUUAAAACGCACAUGUGAUAGCCCGCCCGAAAGUGCAACAUUCGUUCAAUACCCAUUCUCCAAUGGAGUUCUGCCGAAGCCCAAUGCUGAACUCGAUUGGCUCGAAUCGUUCGUCACCAUCAUAGAAUGGAUGACGAAAGAGUUCCCCGAUAUCACCAAUUCCGUCGCCUCAACUCAGCUGUCCAUCUUGCGCCGCAGAUGCCUAGUGGACCCCAGCGAUUACCGCCUCUUCAUUGAGCAUGAAUCACCUCGCAUUAUAUCUCGUCAGUUACAUGCUGAUUUAAAGGUAUGCCGCGUUCAGCAGCUAUCAAAAUUACCGAGCCUUCUUGCUCUCUAUAUGCCCCCCUGGCCCACCCCGAAGGCAGUCGAAGUAGCGCAACAUCUUAUGCCAUACCGGGGUUGCGACCAAGACUUAUUGCAACUCCUUUACGAAUCUAAGAUAUCGGAAAUCCGCCAGUUUCUGAAAGGAGCACCGCAACGCAAAACACCAGAAGACGGGGGAUUUCUUGUUUCCGACGAAAUUGACUGGAGUGAGACUGACAAAGACAUCAGGAAACCACAGGGGGUUUCGAAAGCGGAACGUCAAGACCAAACGUCGCAAUCCCGGCCGCAAGUGAGUGAACGGGAUUUAGUUACUACGGCAAAUACGCUGCGGCAGUUAUUCAGUGAGAAGUCAAUAUCUAGUAACGAGACAGGGGCUGUUGUUCUCGCACAUAUUCUAGCGCAAAUAGAAGAUUCUAUGAGCGGAGAAAAUGGGCAGGAUGUCAUUUCCUGGGGAAAAAGCGUCCAGACCUACGUAGCGUCUCACGGGAAACCAAAGACACAGCCUCACUGUUACAUAUGUGGUCAACAACUCCUCAAGCCUCACCGGACGAUCUCAUCAAUGUGCGGUCCAUGCGGCGACUUCAAUCUCGCGGGAUCGCAACUUUCCUUGCCACCGCGACUCUCUCUAGCAGGUAAGAUCGCAGCUGUGACAGGCGCAAGAGUGAAUCUCGGGUACCACACCGCACUACGACUUCUACGCUGCGGUGCAAAGGUCAUAGCGUCUACCCGCUACCCGCACGACGCGCUCCAGCGCUACCAGGCCGAGAAAGACUCGGAAGGGUGGAUGGACAGGCUGCUGAUCGUCGGUGCUGAUUUCCGGUCUGCGAAAGACGCUUUCGAACUCGCGCGGGAAAUCCGCCAGAUCGUGCAGCGAUGGGGCGGCACCCUGCACAUCCUCAUCAACAACGCCGCGCAGACCCUCACUGACAGCGUCGAGAAGGAGGACUCAUCCGUGCGCAACGAAGAGAGAUUGAAAAGCACCACCGCCCGCUCCCUCCUCCUCCCUCAGACAUCAUACGUGCCUAAGAUCCGAGCCGGAAUCAACGCACGCAUCGAGGGCUCCUCGUCGCCGCAACAGCUAGAGAUAAACGAGGAGGCGCGCACGCUAGGAUCCUCAUGGGUGCAGUCCUUGCCGCAGAUCCCGUACGAAGACGUGAUAUCCGCACACUCGGUCAACGCCUUCGUGCCGCUGAUCCUGACCCGGGAGCUCCUCCCGAUCAUGUCCGACCCCGACGGCGAGGCCCGGGGUUACGUCGUCAAUGUCUCGUCGCGCGAGGGCGUCUUCGAGCGGUCGGCGCGCGCCGCGAAGAGAGGCCGACACGUCCACACCAACAUGUCCAAGGCCGCGCUCAACAUGAUCGCCGAGACCGAGGCCGUAGAAGCGUGGAGGACCGCGCGCGUCGCCAUGAAUACCGUCGAUCCGGGAUAUAUGAGCGCUUCGCCUGAGUUUGACGCCGUGUUUGCUGGCGUGAUGCCUAUUGGGUGGGAAGAUGGUGCGGGGAGGGUACUCUGGCCCAUUGCCGUCGGCGAGCUCGAGAAGGCUGGCGAAGAGGGCUGCCGCGCGGUCUGGGGACGGUUUCUCAAGCACUAUGGCGCCUCGAGGGUUAAUCUCCAGCAGGGAAUGCUGUGA